AUGCCAACAGAGUUCUUUGACGACUACUCCGAGGGGCGAGAAUGCGUCAACUGUGGAGCCAUGUCCACCCCACUCUGGAGGAGAGAUGGCACGGGCCACUACCUGUGCAACGCAUGCGGGCUCUACCACAAGAUGAACGGCAUCAACCGACCACUGAUCAAACCCCAGAGGCGGCUGUCCGCCUCUCGCCGUGUUGGGCUCUCUUGUGCCAACUGUCAUACGACCACGACCACGCUAUGGCGCAGAAACGCUGAAGGCGAGCCAGUCUGCAACGCCUGUGGACUGUACAUGAAACUCCACGGGGUCCCAAGGCCUUUGGCAAUGAGAAAAGAGGGGAUUCAAACGAGGAAACGUAAGCCGAAGAACCUUAACAAAUCAAAGACACCAGCAGGACCAUCCAGUAGUGAGAGUCUUACGCCCACCACCAGUUCCACCAGUAACACCAACACCACCGCCAACACCGAGGAAAUGCGCCCCAUAAAGACGGAACCGGGGCUUUCAUCUCAUUAUGGGCACCCGAGCCCUAUUUCUCAGGCAUUCUCAGUCACCGCGAUGUCUGGGCACGGAUCUUCUAUUCACCCUGCUAUUUCAGCCCUGAAGCUUUCCCCACAGGGCUACCAAUCAGCCAUCAACCAACCUCCACAGGCCAGCUCCAAACAGGACUCCUGGAAUAGCCUGGUCUUAGCCGAAAGCCAUGGAGACAUCAUAACUGCAUAACCUCUUCCUCCUUCCA